GAUUUUUGACAGAAACUCAAACAAAAACAAAACCAAAAAUAAUCUUCAAAUGAGAUAAUAAUAUCGGCAGCGAAGAGCAGAAGAAGGAAGCUUUCCCUUUUAAGCCCAUUAGAGAUCCGUCGAGGAGAAUUUCUAGCAGACCGAUCUCUGUUUCUCCGAAUCUCUGUCUUUGUCGGAAACUUUGAGAGUUAUUAAAAAAAAUAUGGGUUUGUGGGAUGCUCUUCUCAAUUGGCUUCGCAGCCUUUUCUUCAAGCAAGAAAUGGAGCUUUCAUUGAUAGGACUGCAAAAUGCAGGAAAGACAUCACUUGUAAACGUUGUUGCGACUGGUGGAUACAGUGAAGACAUGAUCCCUACGGUCGGAUUCAACAUGAGGAAAGUGACAAAAGGAAGUGUCACAAUCAAGCUUUGGGAUCUUGGUGGUCAACCUAGGUUUCGCAGCAUGUGGGAACGCUACUGCCGUUCUGUUUCUGCCAUUGUGUAUGUAGUUGAUGCUGCUGAUCCUGACAACCUUAGUGUCUCGAAAAGCGAACUCCAUGAUUUGUUGAGCAAGACAUCGCUCAGUGGUAUCCCUCUUCUAGUCCUUGGGAACAAAAUCGACAAGUCUGGAGCUUUAUCCAAAGAAGCCUUAACAGAGGAAAUGGGGCUCAAGUCACUCACAGAUAGAGAAGUCUGUUGCUUCAUGAUAUCUUGCAAGAACUCCACCAACAUUGAUCAAGUCAUUGAUUGGCUUGUAAAGCACUCCAAAUCAGCAAGCUAAACUCUCUGCAAAAGAAGAGAAGUCAACUCUCUGCAGUUCUUGGUCUUUCUCAGUCCGCUUGUGUUGCUCCUUUGAUGAUGAUGGUGGAAGAAGACAGUUGUUUCUUUUUUUUCCUGUGAUAAACAAGAUUUGUCUUUCUUUGUUUUUUUCUGAUUCUUUAUCCUCUUUCAUCUGUGUUGCUGCUGUUGUCUGUAUAUUAGAUUUGAUUGGUUCUUUGACUUCGUAAUGCCAUGAGAUCACCUUCCUUCA